AACGAGGACGCCUCGGGGUCAAGCAAACGUCACCGCCACACGGCUGGCCUCAGGCCAAGAGGGAGGAGGAGGAGGGAUUGAAAGGCACUCCUCUCAAGUUGAAGACCACCUCCAAGGCAGCAGAGAGCGGCUGCUGUCAGCCCCGCAGCAUCCGCACCUUCACCGCCUCUCCCAGGAACUCUGGCCCCUGCAGAGCCAAGUGCGCCUCCACCGCGGCUCCUCGCCUUCACCUGAGGAUUACACACACCACAGUCAAAGCCCAGAGCCCAUAAGAGACCACUGUGCUCCAGCUGGACCAUCAGCUGCGGUGGACGCCGGGUUUGGGGGGGUGUGGGCUGUGCAGCAGCAGCAGUGCAGCAUGCAGGUGAUAACCUGCGCCCUGGUGACGCUGACGGCUGCAUGCAUCAGCUGCAGCAGCUGCAGCAGCAGCAGCAGUAAAAAGGCUCCCCAGGAUGACUCCUGCCCUGCCGUGUGCGAGUGCGCUGAGUGGAAGACGCACACCAUCUCCUGCUUUGACAUUGAUACUCUCCCGAGGUUUCCUGCGAGCACGGAGACGCUAUGGCUUUUUGAGACCCGUUUGUCGUCCGUGCCAACAGAUGCUUUCGCCAGCGUGGUCAACAUCUCAAGAAUAUAUAUAUCUGUGGAUGUGACGCUGGAGAGGCUGGAGAGGCACUCGUUUUACAACCUGAAGAAAAUCACCCACAUAGAGAUUCGGAACACGAAAAGUCUGAAGUAUGUGGAUCCAGAAGCCUUUAAACAUCUCCCGAACCUCAAGUACCUGGGUAUUUUCAACACUGGCCUGACUUUCUUUCCAGCUCUGAGCAACGUCCACUCUAACGACAUGAACUUCAUACUGGAAAUUGUUGAUCAUCCCUACAUUACUGAGAUCCCGCCAAACUCCUUUCGUGGCAUCACAAGCGAAGUGCUUACAGUGAUGCUGUAUGGAAAUGGCUUCAGAGAAAUACAACACCACGCCUUUAACGGGACCAAGUUAGAUCAAGUUGACCUCCACAGGAAUAAAUAUUUGACCAAGAUGGAUGACAAGGCUUUUGCUGGAAUCAUCAGUGGCCCCAUGCGUCUAGAUGUGUCUCAGACAGGAAUCACCUCCCUUCCCGCCAAAGGUAUGGAUUCUCUGCGGGAGCUGAGGGCACGCAGUGCUUGGGCUCUCAAGAAGCUACCACCCAUCAAGACCUUCAAACACCUCACCAUCGCCAAUCUCACCUACCCCAGCCACUGCUGUGGCUUCAAAAACCUCAAAAAGAAACGGGGAUUUCUAGAGUACAUCAUCUGUAACCUGACUGCUUUCUACGACCAGCAUCACAAGCGAUCCGUGGGGCCCCUUCACAUCCCUUCCCUUCAAGAGGACAGUGUUGUGGAGACGCCGCCGGACCAGGAGCUGAGCGACGGAGGCCACCGAGAGUCCCAGCAGGACUGGUGGAGGGGAGACUUCCAUGGCAGCCUCCACUACCACACCUACUUUGGGGGGCAGCCGGAUGAGGAAGUGGGCUUUGGAGAGACCCUAAAGAACCCACAGGAGGACAACAGCCAAGAUUUUGACAGUCGUUAUGACUACGUGGUGUGCGAGGAGGGAGAGGAGGUGGCGUGCGCACCAGUGCCUGAUGAGUUCAAUCCUUGCGAGGAUAUAAUGGGCUUCGGAUUCCUCCGGGUCUCGGUGUGGUUUGUGAGUCUGCUGGCCGUUCUGGGAAAUGUGGUGGUGCUCCUGGUGUUGCUAACAAGCCACUACAAGCUCUCCGUCUCCCGCUUCCUAAUGUGCCACUUGGCCUUCGCAGACCUGUGCAUGGGGAUUUACCUCUUGCUCAUCGCCUCGGUAGACCUCCAUACCCGGUCGGAGUAUUUCAACCACGCCAUAAAUUGGCAGACAGGCCCCGGUUGUGGACUUGCAGGUUUCUUUACAGUCUUCUCCAGCGAGCUGUCUGUCUACACGCUGACGGUGAUCACUCUUGAGAGGUGGUAUGCCAUCACCUUCGCCAUGAGGCUGGACCGCAAGCUGCGUCUGCACCAUGCAGCGGCUGUGAUGUUGGGCGGCUGGAUCUUCUGCCUCCUCCUGGCCUUGCUCCCGUUGGUCGGGGUGAGCAGUUACCAGAAGGUCAGCAUUUGUCUCCCGAUGGACACACAGUCCACAAUGGCUCAAGUCUAUAUCUUGUCAGUGUUGGUUCUGAACAUCUUGGCCUUUUUUGUUAUCUGUGCAUGCUACAUUAAGAUCUACUGUGCAGUACAUAACCCUCACUACCACUCUGGAUCUAAGGACACCAACAUUGCCAAGCGCAUGGCGGUCCUCAUCUUCACUGACUUCUUGUGUAUGGCUCCUAUUUCCUUCUAUGCCAUGUCAGCUGUGCUCGACCGGCCCCUUAUCACCGUAUCCAACUCUAAGAUAUUAUUGGUCCUUUUUUACCCCCUCAACUCCUGUGCUAACCCUUUUCUCUACGCCAUCUUCACAAAGGCCUUCAGGGGAGAUGUGUUCAUCCUCCUCAGUAAGGUGGGCUUAUGUCAGCAGCAAGCUCAGCUCUUCAGGGGUCAAACAGUCUCAUCAAAAGGCAGCAGUGGGACUUCUCAGAUCCGUAGGAACAAGGCCAGGAAAGCAGGAGGCAUAGGCCAGGAAGAAGUACCCAUCCACUUGAAGAGGUGCUCCAAACAUACCUACCAUCAAGCAAUCAGCCCGCAGAUAAGCCCUGUGGAGAGCCACAGCAUGGACACGUGAGCUGAACGCCAGCUUGAAGUAGUAAAGUGUGACAGCUUUGGGUCAGAGAGCAGACACCUUCAAGUGUUCGUGGACAGAUGUGUUUGGAAAUUUAACAGAAAGCUCCAGUAUUUUGUAUCCGCUUCAGUUUUCAGACCAAGUUCAGCUGUUUUCAUAAUUUUGGCUGUGAUGAUUUUACGGUUCCAGUUGCUGGAAAAUAUCAAGUGUCACUGAAAUAUGAGCCUGGCUUCAUCUCACUUGCAGUCCUUUGUUUUCUGACGGAGUAGUUAGAAUGGUAGAGGUUACUUUCAGGUAGAAAUAACAGCAACAAUUACAAUUCAAAACACAUGUAACAGUGAACAAAAUAUAUUUUUUCAGUAUCUAUAUUAUACGCCGAGUGUUAAUCAGAGAUACAAGGGAAUUCAACAACAUUUCAUAAACUCUUCCAUUUGGUAUGAUAACUUUUUACAGGUAUUUAUCUGAUUAGAGGGAGCCUCAGACUGCAGGAAUCUUUGCAUAUUUGUUCCCAUUGAAGCGACCAUGGGACCCAGGGUUUGUUGAGCUGAUAUGCAAUAGAGAAAUUAUUGUUUUACUCAUUUUUACCAUCCACUGGCUGGCCAGUUUUUCACUUCGGCCUUCCCAUCUGUGGUGCGGGCGUAACCAGAGAGUCCAUGGAGGUUUGUUGUCCUUCAACCUUCAAAAAGCCCCAAGAAGUGUUUGGUCCAAAUACUACUUAAUGUGUUGUAGAACGGCCUGCUGGCUCGGUGCCGUUCCAACAGUGGAAACUUUUUACAGUUUAUGACAAUACUAAAACUCAUGCAUUUUUUUGUGUGAUAUAUUAAAGGCACUCUAUGUAGUAAUGCCACUUUUGACCACGUGGAGGCGGCAUAUCACAAGAAUGUUCACGUGUCAGUCCCUGGAGGAAGACCCAAUGGGGCGCAUCUCUCAUGGCACAAAGUAGAAUUACUGGAUGUGCUGGGCUGUCCCCACUCAUUAGCAGGAUUGUCAGUGGCUCCCACGUCAACAUACGCCUCAUGUGGUCAGAAGUGGUAUUGCUACAUAUAUUCUUUAAUACCUCUGCCUCAUCGUGUAAAUAUAUGAUUGUGAAUGGAAACCUGGAAAAAAAACAUGUUGGAAUAUUUCUGCAUUUCUUUACAUGUCUUUAAAGUACAACCAGACUGUUGUUUUUUUUUCAAAGCGUAUACCUGCAUCAAAUGGAUGUAUCAUUUAUAC